AUGGGGCUGUGAAGGACGGGGGUGGCCGGGCCCCCCCCCCAGGGCCCCCCCCAACCCGCUGAGACCCAGGACAUGGGCACUGAGGGGCACUCAGAGACUGCGGCCACACCGGGGGCCAAUCAGGGCGCUAUGGUCAACCAGGGCUCCAUGGUCAACCAGGGCUCUAUGGCCAACCAAGGCUCCAUGGUCAACCAGGGCUCCAUGGUCAACCACAGCAUCAUGGCCACCCAGGGCUCCAUAGCCCACAAGGGCUCCAUGGCCAACAAAGGCUCCAUGGCCAACCAAGGCUCCAUAGCCCACAAGGGCUUCAUGGUCAACCAAGGCUCUAUGGUCAACCAAGGCUCCAUGGUCAACAAGGGCUCCAUAGCCAACCACAGCAUCAUGGCCAACCAGGGCUUCAUGGUCAACCAAGGCUCCAUGUCCAAACAAGGCUCCAUGGCCAACCUAGAGACUAAAGCCCACCAGGUCUCCUUGGCCACCCAAGGGUCCCAGGACCAUCUAAAGACUAAGGUCAACCAAGGCUCCAUGGCCAACCAAGACUCCAUGGCCAACCAGGGCUCCAUGUCCAACCAAGGCUCCAUGGCCAACCAGGGCUCCAUGGCCAACCAAGGCUCCAAGGCCACCCAAAGCUUGCAGGACCAGCUGGAGGCCAAUGUCAAUGACAGCUCCAUGGCCCAGUUGGACGGGAAGGGCUGCCCAGGCCCCACAGCCAACCAAGGCUCUAAGGACUAUCUCAAGCCCAAGGUCAACCAAGCUCAUCUAGACCUGAUGGUCCACCAAGGCUCUAUGGCCAACCAAGGCUCUAUGGCCAACCAAGCCUCCAAGACCCACAGAGCGCCCAAGGUUCCCCAAAGCCCCAUGGCCCGUGUAGACCUGAAGGUCCAUGAACACUCAAUGGCCAACCAAGACCCCGACACCCAUCUAGAGCCCAAACUCAACCAAGGCCCCAUGGCCCCUCCAGGUCUGAAGGUCCAACAAGACCCCAGAGCCCACCAAGCCUCCAAGGACCAUCUAGAGCCCAAGGUCAACCACAGCCCUAUGGCAUGUGUAGAGCCCAAUAUCAACCACAGCCCCAUGGCAUGUGUAGAGCCCAAGGUCAACCACAGCCCCAUGGACUUGAAGGUCCACCAAGACUCUGUGUGCACCCAGGGCUCCACAGCCCCCUUAGACCCCUCCUUCCCCAGCACCCCCCCAUCCAACCGGGCCCCCCCAUCCCAUCGCUGUCCGCACAUCCCUUUGAGCCCCCACCUGAGCUUGGUGCUGCUGACCUUGGGGUCCCUCCUGCUCCCGGUGUCCUCGGGGGCCGCAUUGGAGUUCGGGGGUGCCCCAGGCCAAUGGGCACGUUACGGUCGUUGGGCGCCGGGUGCCGGCGCUCAACUGAGCUUCAGCUUGAAGACCAACAUCACCCGUGCCCUGCUGCUCUACCUGGACGACGGUGGCAACUGCGACUUCCUGGAGCUGCUGGUGGCCGAGGGUCGGCUGCGCCUGCGCUUUGCCAUCGCCUGUGCCGAACCGGCCACGGUCCAACCGCCGGCGCUGGUGAGCGACGGGCGCUGGCACAUGGUGCUGCUCACCCGCAACGCCCGCGAGACCGCGCUGGCCGUGGACGGGGACGCGCGCGCCGGAGCCGUGCGCUCCAAGCGCGCCGAGAUGCUGGUGGCCAGUGACCUGUUCGUGGGGGGGAUCCCCCCCGACGUGCGGCUCUCGGCGCUCACCCUCAGCACCGUCAAGUACGAGGUGCCCUUCCGGGGGUGGGUGGCCAACCUGAAGGUGGGAGACGUCCCCGCGGCGCUGCUGGGUGCCCAUGGUGUGCGUGGAGAGGGGCAGGAACGGUGUGCGCGGCACCCGCCGUGUGCCCAUGGUGGGCGAUGCACAAUGCGCCAUGGGGAGCCCCAUUGCGACUGCGCCGGCACCGGACACCGCGGGCCCUUCUGCGCCGAAGAGGAAGAACCGGCUGUGGAAGGCCCCGCCCACCUGCGAGUCACCGGCCAAGGGCCUGCCGAGGUCACCGAGGGGGGAACCGGCCCCGGCGCCGGCGAGAUCCAACAGGCGGCGAAAGGCCGGGACGAGUACGUGGCCACCUUCAAGGGCAACGAGUUCUUCUGCUAUGACCUGUCGCACAACCCGAUCCAGAGCAGCACGGACGAGCUGACGCUGUCGUUCCGCACGGCACAACGCAACGGGCUCCUGUUGCACACCGGCAAGGCGGCUGACUACGUCAACCUGUCGCUCAAGAGCGGUGCCGUGUGGCUCGUCAUCAACCUGGGCUCCGGCGCCUUCGAGGCGCUGGUGGAGCCGGUCAACGGCAAGUUCAAUGACAACGAUUGGCACGACAUCCGCGUCACCCGUAACCUGCGGCAGCACGCAGGGAUCGGACACGCUAUGGUGACGAUCUCGGUGGACGGGAUCCUGACCACCACGGGGUACACGCAGGAGGAUUACACCAUGUUGGGCUCCGACGACUUCUUCUAUGUGGGGGGGUCCCCCAACACUGCCGACCUCCCGGGGUCACCCGUCAGCAACAACUUCAUGGGCUGCCUCAAGGAUGUGAUCUACAAGAACAACGACUUCAAGCUGGAGCUGUCUCGCCUGGCGCAGGAGGGGGACACCCGUGUGACCCUUCACGGCUCGCUGCUGUUCCGCUGUGAGCCGGUGCCCCCCCCGGAGCCCAUCACCUUCGGGACCCCUCAGGCCUUCGUGGCGCUGCCGCCGUGGCCUCCCGCCCGCACCGGCUCCGUGUCCUUCGACUUCCGCACCACCGAACCCAACGGGCUCCUGUUGUUGGGCCGGGGGCAAGCGCCGGGGCCUGGACCCCCCCGGCCCCAUUUCCUGGCGCUGGAGCUGUUGGAUGGACACCUGUACCUGCUGUUGGCUAUGGGUGAUGCUGACACCCGUCUGCGCGCCAGCGCUCGCAAGGUCACCGAUGGGGAAUGGUGCCAUGUGGAUGUGCAGAGGGAUGGGCGCAGAGGCUCCGUGUCCGUCAACAGCCGCCGCACCCCAUUCGUGGCCGGGGGGGACGGGGACGAGCUCUGGUUGGACGCGGGGCUGUUCCUGGGCGGGGCCCCCCCCGGCUCCCCCCUGCCGGCCUCGCUUUGGGCCGCUCCGCGGGGGGGGGGGUUCGUGGGCUGCGUGCGCGACCUCGCGAUCCACGGGCGCGCGCGCGACCUGCCGGCGCUGGCGGCCGCGCGCCCGCAGCCCGGCCUGGCCCCGGCGUGCGCGCGGCCCGCGGGGCGGCACUGCGACAGCGCCCCCUGCAGGCACGGAGGGCUCUGCAGGGAGGGCUGGAACCGGUUCACCUGCGACUGUGUCGGCACCGGCUACCUGGGAGAGAGAUGCGAGAACGAGGCAGCCGUGCUGAGCUACGACGGCAGCAUGUACCUGAAGGUGCUGGUUCCGGGCACGGCACAGAGCGAGGCCGAGGACGUGUCCGUGCGGUUCAUGUCCCCCCGAGCCUAUGGGCUCAUCGUGGCCACCACCUCCCGGCACUCAGCUGACUCCCUGCGCCUGGAGCUCGACGGGGCCCGAAUGAAGCUCACGGUGAACCUGGACUGUGUGCGCGUGGGCUGCAACCCCAGCAAGGGCCCUGAGACGCUCUUUGCGGGGCAGAAGCUGGAUGACAACGAGUGGCACUCGGUGCGGGUGUUGCGGCGCGGGCGCAGCCUCCAGCUCUCCGUGGACAACGUCACCGUGGAAGGACAGAUGUCCGGCUCCCACAUCCGCCUCGAGUACCACAACAUCGAGACAGGCAUCGUGACCGAGCGCCGCUUCUUGGCCGUGGUGCCCUCCAACUUCCUGGGCCACCUGAGUGGGCUCCUGUUCAAUGGGCAGCCCUACCUGGACCUGUGCAAGAACGGGGACAUCAGCUCCUGCGAGCUCAACGCCCGCUUCGGCCGUCGCGCCAUCGUGGCGGACCCGGUGGCGUUCCGCGGCCGCGGGUCCUACGUGGCGCUGGCCACGCUCCAGGCCUACGGCUCCAUGCACCUCUUCUUCCAGUUCAAGACCACGACACCCGAUGGACUCAUCCUCUUCAAUGGUGGCAAUGGCAACGACUUCCUGGUGGUGGAGCUGGUGAAGGGGUACAUCCAUUACGUGUUCGAUGUGGGGGAGGGUCCGUCCCUCAUGAAGGGGAACUCGGAGCAGCCUCUGCACGACGGGCGCUGGCACGAGGUGUCGGUGGCGCGCGACGGCGGCGCCGUGCACGCGCUGCGCGUGGACGGCCGCCCCGUGACCCAGCACGGCCAGGCCGGGCGCAGCCUGGACCUCAAGGGGGAGCUGUACGUGGGCGGCGCCAGCCGGACGCUCCUGAGCCGCCUGCCCAAGCUGGUGGCAUCGCGGGGGGGGUUCCAAGGCUGCUUGGCCUCCCUGGACCUCAACGGGCGCAUGCCCGACCUGCUCGGGGACGCGCUGCAGAGAGCCGGGAGCGUGCAGCGGGGGUGCGAUGGCCCCAGCACCACGUGCUCGGAGGACUCGUGCGCGCACCACGGGCUGUGCCUGCAGCACUGGGAUGGAUUCACCUGUGACUGCUCCAUGACCGCGCACGGCGGCCCCGGCUGCAGCGAGCCGGGCACCACGUACAUCUUCGGGCGCGGCGGGGGCCUCAUCACCUACACGUGGCCGCCCAACGAGCGCCCGAGCACCCGCGCGGACAGGCUGGCGCUCGGCUUCAGCACCAGGCAGCGCGACGCGGUCCUACUGCGGGUGGAGAGCGCGGCCGGGCUGGGGGACUUCCUGCAGCUCCAUAUAGCUCAGGGGGCCGUGGGGGUGCUGUUCAACGUGGGCACAGAGGACAUAGCCCUGGAGGAGCGCGCGGCUCCGGUCAGUGACGGUCGGUUCCAUGUGGUUCGGUUCACGCGCAGCGGAGGCAACGCCAGCCUGCAGCUGGACGGCGGCGUCCUGCACGAGCGCUACCCGCCAGGCAGCGGGGACAGCGAGCGGCUGGCGCUGGCGCGGCAGCGCAUCCCCUUCCGCCUGGGGCGGGUGGUCGAUGAGUGGCUGCUCGACAAAGGCCGUCAGCUGACCAUCUUCAACAGCCAGGCCGUGCUGCGCGUCGGGGGUCGGGACCGGGGUCGCCCCUUCCAGGGGCAGCUCUCGGGGCUGUACUACAAUGGGCUGAAGCUGUUGGCUCUGGCGGCCGAGGGACACCCCCGGGUCCGCCUCGAAGGGGACCUCCGAUUGGUGGGGGGGGCUCCUCCUCCCCCCCCGCCCCCCCCCGCCCUGCCCGGGGCCACCCCCGCCCCCCCCGACAUGGCCACGACCAUCAUGGAGACCACGACCACCAUGGCCACGACCACCACCCGCAGGGGGCGCUCGCCCACGCUCAGAGACACCGUGGCGCAGAACACGGAUGAUUUGCUGGUGGCCUCGGCCGAGUGUCCGAGCGAUGAUGAGGACCUGGAGGAGUGUGAGCCGGGCACAGGCGGUGAAUUGGUGCUACCGGCGGCCCCGGUCGGGGGGGGCGGCCCCGUGCCCCCCCCCCCUCGCCCCCCGGGGUCCCCCCGUUCGCCCGCAUCGUGCGGCCCCGAUUGUGAGGAGCCCUCGGGCUUCGCCUCGGGGGAAGCGGCUGAUCCCAACGCACCCCCCGCCGACGAUGAGGACUUCGGGGGGGGGACCGGAGGAGGAGGAAGAGAAACCCCCCCCCCCCCCCGCCGCCCAACCGACGGCGGCUCCGCGCAGACCCCAGCGCUCCCCGGCUCCGUUACCGUGGCCACGGUGGUGGCGGCCCCGUUACCGGGGCUGGUACCGGCGGGGGAGCGGCACCCCCGGGAGGGGGCGGUGGGCCGGGGCCGGGGGGGGGGCGCGGGGGGGGUCACGGGUGCCUCGGUCACCGUCCGCUCCCCCGGUGCUGUCCUCCCCACAGCCGCCGUCCCCGGGGCCGUCGAGGUGGUUCGGGAGGCCGGUGGUACCACGGGGAUGGUGGUGGGCAUCGUGGCGGCCGCCGCGCUCUGCAUCCUCAUCCUCCUCUACGCCAUGUACAAGUACCGCAACCGGGAUGAAGGCUCCUACCAGCUGGACCAGAGCCGCCGGUACAUCGGUCCGGCCGCGGCCGCUGCGCCCGGUGCGGCCUCCGCUGCCUCCACCGCCGCUGCCCCACAAGUUGGGGGUCCCAACGCUGCCGUCGGGGGGGGCGCGAAGGAAAAAGCCCCCCCCGCCCCCCCCAAAGCGCCCGGUAAAGCGCGGCGGAACAAGGACAAGGAGUACUAUGUCUGA